AUGGAUAUCAACAACUUGUCCAAACGUGCUCAAGAAUUGUGGAAUGAAUGGGAGAUUCGCUCACUGAUUUUGUUAAGUCUCUUUCUCCAAAUCUUGCUCAUCGUCAUUGGAAAUCGGCGGAAUGUUUCCCGUAGCCAAGGAGGUUCGGGAACAAAUCGCAUCAAUCCAACUCCAAACAAUAUUCCAGCAUUUUGGGCACCAAUUCUCCUUGUACACCUUGGUGGCCCUGACACUAUUACUGCUUAUGCACUGGAAGACAACGAAUUGUGGUUAAGGCACCUUCUCCAGCUAGCAAUUCAAGCUUCUACAGCUUCUUAUUCCCUGUUCAAAUCAUGGGGUAAGGAUCCACUCAUAUAUAUAGCCAUUCCCAUCUUUGUUGCUGGAAUUACCAAGUAUGGAGACAGGGUUUUGGUUCUCUGGCUAGCAAGCUCCAAGAAGUUUAGGGACAUCCAAAGUGAAGAAGUGGAUACUUUCCAGAGCAAAUUUGACAAUAAAUUUCCAUCUGUUGGCUUUUUUGACAUGUCUGAGGAAGACUUGAAUAAAGGUUUAGAAUUUAACAACAUAAUACCCGAGGCUGUGUAUCUCCAUGAAGCACAUUUUUUGUUCCAAAUGUUCAAGAUAUUUUAUGCAGAUCUCGCGCUUAGCCAUUCUAGCCAUAUGGAAAGCUAUCUUAUCCUGAGAAGCAAGAAGAAAGCCACAGAUGCCUUCAAAGUGAUAGAAGUCGAGUUGGGGUUUAUGUACGAUGUGCUUUUUACAAAGAUGACAAGUGUUUGUUCAACGCGUACUAUUCUUCGCUCCAUCAGUUUCCUGUCUUCUACUUCUGCAUUGGUCGCCUUCUCGUUGAUGGUCGCGAACAAGUGUGCCUAUACAGAAACCGAGGUAAUUAUAUCAUACAUCUUGCUGGGAGGAGGAGUGGUUCUUGAGAUAUAUGGAGUCAUCAUGCUUCUCUUAUCUGAAUGGGCUAUGCUUCGGCUUAGCUUGCCAGAAAAGCCAUGGGCCAAUGCUGUCUAUCAAGCUAUCUAUUCUGACAACAACAAAAGGUGGGAAAGGAACAUGGCACAACACGACUUAGCAGAUGCUCAAAUAACCAAGAACGGAUCAGCUUUUUGGACGAUGGUCAUAAAUUCGUUGGCAUGUAAACCAACACCCAAAGUUUGUUUUCUGAAGUUGAUAGGCAAGGAUAACAUUCAAAGUUGGGAGGUUAUCAGUGACGAAUUAAAAGAAUUAAUUUGGGAAUACCUCAUAGACAAACGUUCGAGAUAUAGUCAUGAAAUGCCUCAACCUGAUCCUGGCAUGAAUGAUUUGAAGGAGAUAUUGGCAGAAAGAGGUGAUUAUGUGCUGAAAAAGAUGGGAUGCCUUGAAGAAUUUCGUUGGGCUGUGGUUGAAAUAGACUUUCAUGGGAGCCUCCUUUUAUGGCACAUUGCCACUGAUAUUUGCUAUCAUGAUGAUAUUCACAAUAACAAAGUUGAUGCAAAUAAUCAACUUUGCAAAAUGAGCAGAUCCUUAUCUAAUUACAUGUUGUAUCUUCUAAUUGAACUUCCAAAUAUGCUGCCUAAAGGGAUUGGUGAGGCAAGGUACAAGCAAACCGGCAUUCAACUCACCGAAUUCUCGACGAGGUGGAGAUCGAAAGAAACACCACGUCCUCAUUGGCGUUCUGAAGAGUUUAUGAAGGAAAUCAAAAACCUUGAAAGCAACGUGUCAAUGCUACAUGAUGCUUGCAAGCUCGCCAGGAAAUUACAAUCUCUGGAGACGCCAGUAAAGUGGAGGAUGAUAAGUCAAAUAUGGGUGGAGAUGAUGACUUAUGCAGCAUCUAACUGUGGAUGGAAAGAGCAUGCUCAAGCACUUACACGUGGUGGGGAGCUCCUCACUCGUGUGUGCCUUCUCAUGGCGCAUCUGGGUUUAAGCGAGCAGUGUCUAACAACUGCAAGCACCAGUUCCAGGGAAGCUCAUGAUGCAUAG